UGCGGUGCGGGGUGUGCGGUGCGCGGUGUCCAGCGCAGGAGCCGGAGGAGCCGCUGCUGCCCCUCGGGACCGGGCACGGUCGGGAACAAACACGGCCGGGCAGUGCCAGAAUUCAGAUCGUUGCUGGAAAGACGUCUUUGGAUUUGUUUGGAGCGGAAGGUGACAUUUCUGCAUUGGGAAGAAGUUCCUGCGACAGCAGCACGGGAUGGUCAGGCAGCCUGCUUGAGCCCAGAGCUUACCUGUGAAGUUCUUGCUCUUCCUGCUGUAUGAGAGAGUGUGUGGUCCCAAACCAGCCCCUUUCUGACACACCACUGGUCCUGUUCCCUAGCAGGGAAAACUGGGGUCAACCUACCAUGCCUCGCUCACUGCUCCAGCCAUCCAAGUCACAGGUGACAGGGUUUCUUGAGGAGUUCGAUCAUUACUCUUCCAUGGCCAAACUCAUGUCCAUCUACCACGCAACGAACAGGAGCAUCUUCAACUGGACAGAGCGCCGCAUUGUUGAGUGGGAGAAAUUUGCUGAGCUGGCGAAAUAUGAGCCAGAAUCCCAGAAGCCAACAGUGAAAGCGCUGCUGAUCGUGGCCUACUCGGUCAUUAUCGUCAUGUCUCUCUUUGGGAACAUGCUGGUGUGCCACGUGGUGCUGAAGAACAAGAGGAUGCACUCGGCCACCAGCCUCUUCAUUGUCAACCUGGCAGUGUCAGACAUCAUGAUCACGCUGCUCAACACACCUUUCACCUUGGUCCGCUUUGUGAACAGCACGUGGAUCUUUGGGAAGGCCAUGUGCCACAUCAGCCGCUUUGUGCAGUACUGCUCCCUGCACGUGUCCACGCUGACCCUGACGGCCAUCGCCCUCGACAGGCACCAGGUCAUCCUGAACCCACUGAAGCAGAGGAUGUCCCUGACAAAGGGAGCUCUGAGCAUCUCUGUCAUCUGGCUGAUGGCAACCUGUUUCUCCCUGCCCCAUGCUGUCUAUCAAAAGCUUUUCCAGUAUAACUACAGGGAAGCCACCGUCCGGAGUCUGUGCCUCCCUGACUUCCCCGAGCCUGCAGAGUUGGUCUGGAAGUAUCUGGACCUGUCUACCUUCCUCCUUCUUUACCUCCUGCCCCUGCUGAUCAUCACCGUCACCUACCUGCGCCUGGCCAAGAAGCUGUGGCUGCGCAACGCCAUCGGGGACGUCACCACGCAGCAGUACGUCACCCACCACAGGAACAAGAAGAAGAGCAUCAAGAUGCUGAUGCUGGUGGUGGUGGUCUUUGCAGUCUGCUGGUUCCCCCUGAACUGCUACGUGGUGCUGAUCUCCAGCCUGGGCAUCAGGACCAAGAACUCGCUCUAUUUUGCACUGCACUGGUUCGCCAUGAGCAGCACCUGCUACAACCCCUUCAUCUACUGCUGGCUGAACGAGAGCUUCCGCGCGGGGCUGCGCUCCCUGCUCGGCAUCUGCCACAGGGUGCCCCAGCCCCGGGAGCAGGCGCUGCCCCCCAGGGCCCUGUCCUGCCGUGAGGCGUGGCUGGAGCAGGCCAGGUGCAGGAAGGGACCGGCCUCCCAGGCCAGCUGCUCCGCCAGGAACCUCCCGAUGGCCAGCACGGACCUGUGAGCUGAGGGAUCCUUGGAUCUGUCACCUGGUGUGGGAGGCACCAAAGGGCAUCUCCCAGGCUCUCCUCAGGAGCCAGCAUGGCUGCUCUGUUGUUUUACUGCUGAUUUUUUGGCUUGUCUUACUAUAGCCCCUCCUGUGCUUGGCAUGGUGGGCACACAGGCUCUCCAGCACCAGUAAAACCCACGCUGCAGCUGGCCCAGGGGGCAGGAAUAUGUACAGGGGACAUGGAGCUUCUCAGACAUCGUGAUCUGCUUUCAGGGUUUCCCAUUCAUUGCUAUCAGAGGAAGUGGACCCAGGUUUCUGUCACUGGCUGCAACAUGUGCCAUAACGUGGGGCUCUGCACAGCAGCAGGAACAAAUCCAUGAUGACAGCUGUUUGAAGGAAGGACUUGGACAUGCAGAUGAACUCCAUCCACAGGGAGCCUCACCAGUUAGUGUAUAGCAAAGCCUCCAGCAGAGUGGAAAGGAAAAGGACAGAAAGGAGGGGGAUCCUUGCUUCAGGCUUCACUUGACCCCAGCAGGGCACCUUGGGUGGGCACUGCAGUGCCUGCACCAGAAGAAAAGAGCAGAAUAUGAGGAGUGGCAGCAGGAGUGGGUGAAUACUCUGUCCCUGAGGCACUUUGCUUGGAGCUCACCAUUAUUGAACAUGGGAAUUCAAAGCUGUCUGUGCUGGUUGCCAGCGCUGUGCUUCCUCAGUGUACAGAAGGGUUUGUUUUCAGUCAAAAAACAUCACUGUGAGUUUCUCAAAGUGUUAAGAUAAUCUCUAAUUAAUAAGCAUCACCUCAUUUAAUUAGUUAAAGAAGCUAUAAUUUGUUUUUUUACUGUUCCUCACUAGCUUUUGGUGAGCAGCUGUCAAACUGCCAUGUAUUGUCUUUAAUAUUUAUUAGGUUUGUUUUCCUUCCUUUCUUUCUUUAAAUGGCUGAAUAACCUUUCUCUGGAGGAGUCCAAGCCCUUACUCCAAAGAAGGGGUCUCUCCACACUCCCUGGAUCUUCUGCUAAUCCCUGUAGUUAUCUAUCUCUUGCUGUCAGAAAUAACCUGGCUGGUUUUCCUUGGAUCUGUCGAUCGCAGCAUCUCCUCGUUGCUGAAUUUUUCUCCCCUAAAUGGGCAGGAUGCAAGAGCUGACUGUAUCGAAUCCCUGUAAUGGCUCAGCUAUCUGGACUGAUAAUUAUCAAUGCCUGAGUGAGUUUCAGAGCUUCACACACUUCAUCCAGUGCCUCAAGAUUCCUGUAUCACUCGAGGAUGCCCUGACUCCCAGCAGCUCUCUGGCAAACACAGAAUGCACAAUAUAUAUAUAUAAAAAAGUAUAACUUGAGUGUUGUUUGAUCAGUGCCUGGAGGGCAGGAGGCUGCAUCUCUGCUGGACUCCAAGCCAGGCUCUGGAAAAGGGAAUCUCUGAAACUCGGCUUCUGCUGGGUCUGAGUUAGCUCAGCACAUAAAUAGCUGCCUAAACAUUCCUUAUAAACAUUCCUCAAUCUGUCUCCAUCCCGCCGGGCACCUGUGGAAGUGUCAUCCUGAGCAGUGCUGGGAUCCCAGGAGAGCUCCCAGGGACAGGAGCAAGGCUGUGCUCGGCUCUGGCCAGACAGGGCUGCUGGGGCAGCACCACCAGAGCUCUUUGCUCCCUGCACACCAGCCUGGGACCCCAGAGGAGUGCAGGGUGCCAGGAGAACCCUCUGCCAUCAGGAGACCCCUCCCUAUUGAAGCCCCCCGGGAGGCAGAACCGAGGGAGAGUUUGGAGGGCAAAUGACUGAAACACUGAGUCACCACAAGUCUACUCCGGGGGAAACUAUUUGAGCACACAGAAAUCAGCGUGCAAAGAUCCAGCGAGACAUGUCUGAGUGAUUAACAGCCCGAAUUUAUUAAGGUUAGCUCAUGCCAAAUGCAGCAGAGUGCCUUCAGCAGAGUUGCUGAUGAAGACGAUAACAGGGAGCGCAGCGCAGGGGAUACCUGAAUUCCAGAGACAAAUCCUCUUAUAUAGCCCCACCACAUAAUGAACAAAGAAACCACAACAUGCCAACUAGAUUAACAAAAAGCUAGCAGAAAAACCCCCACAAUGAGUCAGAAAAUUAGCUCAGGAAGGAGAAACAGAAUACAAUUAUCAUCACUUAGCUCUUCAAGUGGAAAACAGCACGGAGGGGCUGGCCAAAGCACGCCUGGGAUAAGGGGGAAUGUCCUCAGUUAAAUCCAGCUUGAGCCCUGGAUGUUGGGGUGUAGGUGGGUCAGAGUCAAACCAUCAUAACUCAGCAUCUUAGGUCAAUCACAGAGCAGGGGAGGAAGAGGAAGGAGUCUGGCCCUUACCUGGGAGCCUGGAUGUGAGGGCACACCCCGAAUUCUCGUGCGGGAGAGGAUGUGCAGCCGCCCUGUGCCCCAGGCAGCAACAAAGGCUCUCCCUGGAGCAGGACACACAGCUCUGCUCUCUCACUGACUGUGGAGACAGCCUGCCUGGCCCCCAAGGAUGCCA